GCCAAUCCCUGAUCCCCAACAAGGAAACCCCAAAGCACGUUAUUCUCCUAGCCGACGGAGGGCAUUAAACUCGGUAACCGUAACCUCGGACCUCCGAACCUACUUACCUAUACUUGUAGAAGUGAACUCUGCUCGUACAGGAAGGAAGGACGACGUGGUCUCAAGGAUGAAAGCAUACCUACAGUUAAACUUCCUCCUGAGCAUUCCAACAAUGGACCAGCAAGCUCCCCCAUCGCAAAACACGCCCACCACUUUUUCGCACCUAUGGGGAACGAUCAUAAGUUCCUACAUCCUGUUCGGAUUCGGACGUUACUGGUUUAGGGCAGACCGCAUAUGGAAGAACUGUUUCGGUGACAUCAGACUUCUCUCCCAAGCCUCCUCGAUCGAAAUCCGAACUCGAAUUAUAAUUUUGGCUUUGAUAGGACCGCUUUAUGGUCUCGUCGAUGUCUACCGCAUGAUCAUCGCUUCUAAUGGUAUUGCCGGUCUCUACCGUGGUUUUGAUCCCUCCGUCGCUGGUAUCGUCGUCUACCAUAGUCUCUACUUCGGUCUCUACAAUUCUAUCAAGCCCGUCCUCCUCUACAUCAUUACCGCCGCUAGUAUCGCCCUUUACCUUCUUGAUACUAUCCGUCGUCGCAUAAUAAUGACCUCCGGUGAGGCCGUCAAGUACAAAUCUUCCUUCGAUACCGCUUCCCAGAUCGCUGCCAAGGAGGGUGUUAAGUCUCUCUUUAAGGGUGUUGGUGCUAAUAUUCUCCGUGGUAUCGCCGGUGCUGGUGUCCUCUCUAUCUACGACUAGCUCCAGGUCUUCCUCUUCGGUAAGGCCUUUAAGGGUGGUUCCGGUAUUAUUCCGUCAGCGACGAUGCUUCUUUACUGUUAGCGUUUGUGAUUUGUUUUAAAAAGGAGGGAAAAAGGGAAAAGACAAUAAGCUAUAGCGGGGCUCCUCAGGUCUUGAAAGAGUGGAGAUAACUUCCGCAAUUAGGUGGCAUCAUUACUUGGUCUGCUGCUUCAAAAAUAAACACAGCAAUGUUGUCUUCGCUCCAAUUUUGCUGCU